AUGGCUUGUUUGGGCGUUUGUUCGGGUGCCUCUUCAUCGGAGGCUGUUCACAGUGGAGUUGUUUACAAAGUCGGUGACUCAAUUGGGUGGAGCAUUUUUGGUGAUUACAAGAAGUGGACUUCCACAAAAGAGUUUCACGUCGGAGAUACUCUACUUUUCGCUUAUGAUAAGGAAUUUCAUAACUUGAUGGAAGUGAAUGGAGAAGAUUACCAAUCUUGCAACACAAAGUCUCCUCUAGCACUCUAUGCUGCCGGACUUGAUUCUAUCCCGCUUGACAAACCGGGUGACUAUUACUUCAUCUGCGGUAGAAAUUUCGAACCAGACUGGUAUGCCAUGACUCUCAAGGAACCAGGUCACUGCCAAGCAGGACAAAAACUUCACGUCAAGGUCACUCUACCAAUAUCAGAUCACCAUUUCGUUGCAAGUCCAACCCCAGCACCAGCGCCCAAGUGA